ACCCACUAUACAGAUAACAUAUUCAAACAAACCAAAUCAAGAGCAAACUGUGGCACUACUUCACGUUUACUCCCAAAAUCUCUAAAAAGGGAAAUACUAGUCCUUUCGAGGGCAACUGAAAGAGGAGAAAAAAAAAUCUAUUGGUUUUGAUUUGUGAGGAUGGUAAUCGAUACAACCAACGUCAAGGGACUUACGGGACGCUGGGGCAUGGCAGCAAAGACAUGCGACACAUGUAAAUCAGCGGCAGCGGCUAUUUUCUGUCGUUCUGAUUCCGCUUUUAUGUGCCUCAACUGCGAUUCCAGGAUCCACUCUGCUAAUGACAAGCUUGUUUCUUGUCGUCACGAGAGGGUGUGGAUGUGUGAGGUGUGCGAGCAGGCCCCAGCUGCCGUCACUUGCAAGGCCGACGCCGCUGCCCUUUGCGUCGCCUGCGAUUCCGACAUCCACUCUGCUAAUCCUUUGGCUCGUCGCCACGAGCGUGUCCCUGUCCAGCCUUUCUUUGACUCUGCUGAUUCCAUCGUCAAAUCUUCUCCUUUCAGCUUCCUUGUGCCGACUGAUCCUAAUACUGGUUCUAAUUGUCAACAAGAAGAUGUAGAGACGGGUUCUUGGCUGUUGCCCAAUCCCAAACUCACCAUGGAAACUAACCAAGUCAAAACAGGGGAUUUUUUCUUCUCCGACAUGGAUCCGUUUAUUGAUUUUGAGUACCAGGAUUCGUUUCAACAGCAUGACGGAGCUAUGGACAGCGUAGUUCCAGUUCAGACCAAACCAGCUACAAUUUCAAUGAUCAACAAUGAAAAUUGCUUCGAUGUUGAUUUCUGUCGAUCCAAGUUCCCUACUUUCAGCUACCAGACAAAGUCUCAAAGCCAUAGUGUUUCAUCAUCGUCGCUCGAGGUAGGAGUAGUUCCAGAUGGGAACUCCGUGUCGGAUAUCUCAUAUACUUUGGGACGGACCAUGGGUGACCCAAGCGCACCAAUCUGGGCAGCUACAGCCAAUAACCAAGCACCACCCCAGGCCCAAGUCGAUGGAAUGGAUCGAGAAGCUAGAGUUCUAAGGUACAGAGAGAAGAGAAAGAACAGAAAAUUUGAGAAAACAAUCCGCUACGCUUCGAGAAAGGCAUACGCCGAGUCAAGGCCAAGGAUCAAAGGCCGUUUCGCCAAAAGAAGUGAAACCGACAACGAAGUUGACCACAUGUAUAACUCGGCUUCUUCCGCUGCUACCGCAGCAGCUUUCAUGUACGAUAACCAGUACGGCAUCGUCCCAUCCUUUUGAGGAUGUCAUGAAUGAAUCUGAUUCAGAUGGAAACAAGAAUUGUUGGCUGUAAUAUUCAACUGUGAUAUAUAUAUCCAGCAAGUAGAAUCAACUACCCUAAGGAAAACAAAUGAUGUAGCUUUUAAUUAUGGUUAUUGAUGUAAAAAUAGUGUAUCCUUGAGCUAUUGAUUUGCAGGGAUUCAUUCAAGUUGAUUAACUGCAGAAUAAGAUGGAAAAGUCCUGCAAAAUCUGAAACAAAGCCCUUCCACUUUUUCUCUAGAGGGCUUCUUCUGUGAUUCUGUUAUCUAGAAGUAAAAGUUUUUCUUGGUUUUUCCAUUUUUCUUUUUCCUUUCUAAAUUGUUUUCCACUUUUUUAGCAAGAUGAAGCAUGAAUCUAUUUCUCGACCCUUAUUGGCCCAA